GCGAUAAAAAGGGAUGGUGGAGAGGAAAAGAAAGUAGAGCAAAAAGUAAACAGUGCAUAUGCUCCCCGAUCCGAUGAUAAUAAAAGAAGAAUAACAUGACAGAAACUACUUGUAAUAUCCAACUGUCUUAGAACCCUCUCCCCUGUCCUAAAAACAUAACCUCUUUCCUAGUCAACCGAGUUAACUCACUCCGAUUCUUCUUUACUCCCAUCAUCUCUGGAUCCAAAUGCGUGACAGCAAUUAAUCAAGCCAUUCCCCUAGUCAAAAGCCUGGAAUGGGGGCCUCAAGCUCUAGAAUUGAAGAAGACAAGGCUUUGCAGCUUUGCCGUGAUAGAAAAAAAUUUGUUGGACAAGCACUUGAUGGCAGGUGCGCACUAGCAGCUACCCAUGUUGCAUAUAUCCAGUCCUUGAAUGCUACAGGAACUGCUUUAAGGAGGUUUGUUGAACCUGAGGGUCCAGCUGAAUCCUCAUUGUUUACUUCCACACGUGCAACGCCAGAUGUAGCUGGAUUCACAAAUAAAUCUCAUUCUCAGUACUCACUAUCUCCAUCAUCUCUGUCCCAGCGUGUGGAUGCAUCUGAAAACCUUUCCCCUGCUCCUUCUACUCCAUUGUCUAGUUUAUAUGUGGCAAAUCAUAUGAAAUCUAGUGGUUCUUUUUCCAAAAAAGUUGUAGAAAAGCCUACUGUUGCAGUUUUGGGGUCAGUGACUUCUUCAAGUACCCCAAAGACAACACCACAUUCCACUGGAAGAGCAGAUGAAUCUCCAUUUGACAAUCCUCCCAUUGCUCCAGAUGCUCCACCUUGGGAUUAUUUUGGACUUUUCCAUCCCAUCGACAAUCAAUUUUCUUCAGAAGAAGUGAGAGAAUUAAAUCAAGGGAUGGAGGGUGCUGAUGAAGUAAGAAACACAAAAGAAAACAGUAGAUCUUCAGCACUUGAAGGUGAAGGAGUGAAGGACUCUUCUCCUGGAAGAGAAGAAUUGCUGGAAUCAGAAGAUGAAUUUGAUGAUUCAUCUGUAGAUAAGCUGGUUAGAAGUUUUGAUAACAUUAAUAGGGCAGUUGAUCACAGUGGUGUAACUGAUAAACCUAGCACACCAUUCGCAGAUAGUAUUGCGUCAGAAACUGUUGUUCAGAAUGGGGAUAAGUACAAUUCUCCUGCUUUGUCACCACUGAGAACAGCUUCCGGAGUUGUUUUUCCCAUCGAUGUAAAAACAACACCAUUGAAAGAAAAUGGCAUCGGGGACAAGGUUGCCUCCAAGGGAUUAUUUUCUAGCAUGAAAGAUAUUGAAUAUCUGUUUCAUAAAGCAUCCGAAUCGGGAACAGAGGUCCCGCGAAUGCUCGAGGCAAAUAAGUUUCACUUCCGUCCAAUUUUCCCUGGGAAAGAAAGUGGGUCUCUGGCUGCAACAUUGAUUAAAAACUGUUUUUCUUGCGGAGAUGAUCCGAGCCAGGUUGUAGAAGAGCCUGCUGCCCAAACUACCACAAAGUACCUAACUUGGCACCGGACAACAUCAUCGCAUUCGUCUUCUUCAAGAAACCCUCUUGGUGCUCAAGCAACUGAUGAUAUAGGGGAUCUUACCAGUAAUAUAUACGAAAACUUUUGUAUGGUAAAUGGAAGCCAUGCAUCAACCUUAGAUAGGCUACAUGCCUGGGAGAGGAAGCUUUAUGAUGAAGUGAAGGCCAGUGGGAUUGUGAGAAAGGAUUAUGAUCAGAAAAGGAAACUACUCAGGCUACUAGAGUCCAAGGGACAGAGUAAUGAUAAAAUUGACAAAACUCGCGCUGUUGUCAAGGAUUUACACUCCAGGAUUAGAGUAGCUAUUGAGAGAAUUGAUUCAAUAUCAAAGAAAAUUGAAGAGUUGAGAGACAAAGAGCUCCAGCCUCAGUUGGAGGAGUUAAUUGAAGGGUUAAAGAAAAUGUGGGAUGUGAUGUGUGAAUGCCACAAGCUACAGUUUAAUCUUAUAUCAGAGACAAAUAACAAUUUCAACAAUUAUAUCUCCUUCCAAUCAGAUUCACGUCGUCAGAUAAUUAUCUGUCUGGAAACCGAGUUGGGAACUCUCUCUUCAAGUUUUACAAAAUGGAUGGAAGCUCAGAAAACAUAUGUUCAGGCUAUAAACGGUUGGCUUUACAAGUGCGUCUCUCUCUCCGGGAAAUCGUCCAAGAGGAGAAGUAGGGUCCCGGCACCACCAUUACGCAAUUAUGGCCCAACAAUAUAUGUUACUUGCGGUGUCUGGUUGGAGGAGCUUGAAAAGUUGCCCUCCAAAGAAGUCACGGACUCUAUCAAGGCUUUGAAAGCUGAAGUUUCUCACUUGCUGCCACGUCAAGAAAAACAUCAAGGGAAGGGUACUAAUCAUAUGAAUUCCACAACCUGGCAGGGUGGCAACCAUAUUGAAUCUGGUUUUAACGCAUCGAGAGAUGAAGCUUCAGAAAAUUGGAUCACGGGUAUUGGUCGUUUUAGGUCAAGAUUGGUGGAUUUUUUUGGGCAGUUGAACAGGUUUGCAGAUUCAAGUCAUACAAUGUUUGUUAAUUUACAAGAAUCCAUUGAAGAAUCCAAAAGAAGUUAUGCACAAAAGAAUUCCCAAUCACAGAGGACCAAAUGAAAGGAAAAAAAGCCUAAAGUACUCGAUGAUGAAUCGCUAUGGACUCUGUAAAGUAUCUACUGUGGAAGCUCUGCAUAACGGUGAAUGCUGCAAACUUGGAUCAGUUAUAGAUGAUUGGUUUUAAGUUUUUAUAUACUACAUGGAAUUUGUACAGUGUUUAAAGAAAUAAAGGAGCAUCUGAUGGAGCUUCUUCCAAUAUCUGGCUAAAGAGGAAUAACAUAGCAGUCAUGAUAUGUCAACAUAAUUGGGGUAUAUAUAUAUAUGGUUGAAGCAUGUAAUAUAAAGCUGUGGAAAUCUAGUCUUGAAUGGUCAAGUUGCCAAUAAUAAUUUAUAGGCUGUGUGCACAUAGGAACUGUGAAUGCAUCCUUUUCAUUUAAUAUGGGUCUGUAAUUUUGUUGCUUUAGAAGAUUUACAGUAUGUAUCUGUACAUUGGACAUGAGCUUGCUACAUCAGAGGGGUAGAUUUUCCAGAACUUUGUUUGAUGUAACAUAACAAGAUUUCCUAGUCUUCUGUUACAAGAGACCUUGUUUA